AUGAUCCUCUUCAGGAACGACAAGGCGCAAGAUUGGUUUCACACCCUACCACCGCAGUUGAUUCGGAGUUUCAACGAACUUUCCUUAGUUUUCACUAAGGAGUAUUCGUCUAACCGCUCAAUGAAAAAGACAUCUAACCAUCUCUUCAACAUCGUAAAAGACCAUAAGGAGACAAUUUGCGACUAUGUCAAGAGGUUCAAAACGGAGAAGGCCAAGAUUAUUAGCUAUAACGAGGACAUAACAACGGCAACAUUCAGAAAUGGGCUUUCCAUCGAACACCUUUUAUUUAAAAAACUAAUCAUGGGAGAAGAACUAACUCUAGCAGUUUCGUAUGCUUUGGCGGAAAAGCACACACUAUGCGACGAGGCCAAGCAGUCUAACAAAAAUGAGUCGGAAAAGAAACGCAUGGAACGUUCCCUGACCAGAGAAGACUUAGUGCCCGAAACAUUCACAAAGUUCACAGUUCCAAUUAGCCAAAUUCUCUGCAAGCUCAAGAACAAACCUUGGUUCGAACUGCCGCCACCCAUGAAAGCCGAUCUUACUAAGCUGAAUUAUACAAAGUAUUGCGCAUUCCAUCAAGGACUGGGCCACACUACCAACAGCUGCCUAAAGUGGAAGCAGUACCUUGAGAAGUUAACAAAUAAGGGCUGGUGUGAUGAGUAUCUUGACAGAAGAUGUGCUUCUGGAGACACAAGGCCAGGUCUUAGUACAGGCAGUGGUGGACAAAUCAAUGAAUCACCUGAAAAAUAUGCCGUGACGGAUGAGGAGCAGAAUGGAUUCAGCAGCUCAAAUGAUAAAAUUUUACCAACUCCACCAGUACAAGUAGUAAAUCAAGAUUAUAACAUGAAUAACAACAGUUCUACUGCUUGUGAUGAUCAACCUGCUACUAAUGAUGAAUAUUAA